UGUCGCUCAUGGUGUUUGGACGUGUGUGUUGUGCGGAGUCCUAAUUUGGAGUCCUUUUAUUCUGACUGUCCAAGGAGAAAUUCCCAAGCUGUCACUACAGCGCCCUUGGCCGCCAGCACGAUGUUGAAAUUUAUGAAACACCAACAGAAAAUCACUCCAGAACGAAUACAGAAGCAGAAGGAGCUUUUUGACUUCAACAAGUGUUGCCAUCAUGGGUUCCCCGCCAAGCCGUCGGCCCUUGCGUGGGAUCCCCAGCUCCGCCUCCUGGCCAUCGGUACCAAGGCGGGCGAGGUCAGAGUGUACGGGCAGCCGGGCGUCGAGAUGUACGGGCAGCGAGAGGAUUCGGAGGCGGCCAUCACCCACCUCACCUUCCUCAAGGGACAGUGCCGCCUGGUGUCACUGUUCGAAGACAACAGUCUACACCUAUGGCAGUUAAACCAGCAGGAUGACUCUGGUGGUUCGUUGGAAUUAGUUCAUGCUAACUCCACAUGCUUAGAGGGAAAGUUGAAAAAGAUUAGUGUGGUGGUGGCAGACAGCAAGAGUGAACACCUGAUGGUCGGCACAGAGGGCGGUAACAUCUACCUGCUCAACCUGGCAACGUUUGCCAUGUCAGACAAUAUUAUUUACCAGGAUGUAGUCAUGCAGAAUGUUCCAGAGGACUACAAAGUUAACCCUGGCCCAGUGGAGGCAAUUGCAGAGCACCCCACAGAGCCUGACAAGAUCCUAAUCGGCUAUCAGCGUGGCCUCAUUGUGUUGUGGGAUAAGAAGAAUCUGUGUGCUGAUCAGACAUACGUAUGCACUCAACAACUAGAAUCUGUGUGCUGGCAUCCAGAUGCAAGCCAAUUUACGACAUCUCAUAACGACGGCAGCUAUAUGGUCUGGUCAUCCACCGAAUCAUCUGAGCCUGUUGACGGUCCACAGACUGUGUAUGGGCCUUUUCCUUGCAAACCUAUCACCAAAAUUCUAAGACCAGCAGCUAAAGAAGGUGACCUCAUUAUCUUUGGAGGAGGCAUGCCCAGAGCAAGCUACGGCGACCGCAAUACAGUGACUGCCAUGCAGGGAGAAUUCCAUGUCACUUUCAAUCUUACUUCCAGAGUUAUUGACUUUGUUGUAGUUGAUGAUGAUGAAAGUGGCCAAGCAGGCUGUCUGGUGGUUCUAGCAGAAGAAGAGGUAGUCUUCAUAGAUCUCAUGACCGAAGAAUGGCCAUCGUUUGCAGCUCCUUACUUGGCAUCUCUACACUCCUCUGCUAUUACCUGUUUAUGCUUGGUUUCGGGAAUAAUGCCGGAUAUUUAUGAAAAAAUAAAGGAAGCAGGAUCUAAGCAACAGGUUGGCUUAUCCACACGUCCUUGGCCAAUCAACGGAGGAAUCUUGCAAAGUUCUGACCCGCCCAAACAGCGAGAUCUUCUCUUGACAGGUCAUGAAGAUGGUACCGUACAAUUUUGGGAUGCAUCUGGAGUUUCUCUGACACACCUGUACAAAUUCACAACGGCAAAGCUCUUUGUGUCAGAGGACCUCGCUGGAGAUGGGGCAGCUGCUGAAGAUGAUGAUUGGCCUCCCUUUAGAAAAGCAGGGUUGUUUGACCCAUAUAGUGAUGAUCCUCGUCUUGGUAUCAAGAAGAUGGAGAUGUGCGCAUACACAGGGACUCUUGUUGUAGCGGGCACAGCAGGUCAAGUCCUUAUCCUAAAUAUUAGCAUGGAAGAAAAGGAACUUGUACCUGAGGCUGUAGAUGUAAAUUUGGUAGCUGAGACUGACAACUUUGUCUGGAAGAGUCAUAGCAAACUGGAUAUGCAGACUGAAACUGUAAAGUUUGAGGCUGGCAUGCAGCCCACAGCAGUCGUACAGUUUUACCCUCCAGCUUCCUGUACAUCUUUGACCCUAAACAGCGAAUGGGGUCUUGUUGCUUGUGGUACAGCUCAUGGAUUUGCACUCUUUGACAUUAUUCAGAAGAAGAACUUGCUUGCCAAAAGUACUUUAAGCCCUCUAGACUUAGCCAACACAGCUGAUGAAGGACCAAUGUCCAGGAGAAAAUCCCUCAAGAAGUCACUACGAGAGUCUUUCCGCAGAUUACGUCGUGGAAGAUCGCAAAGAAAAACGGGAAAGCCAGGAGCCACCUCACCAACGGGGGCACAUCCACAAAGUGCUGGAGGUGGAGGGGCAGCAGCAGAUGAUGAUGGGUUGAAGCCUGUGGAGAGAGCCAUUGAAGCACGCUCACAGACCAGUGACUACAUUGGAUCUAUGGUUCGUUGUUUGCACCUAACAAAAUGCUUCAUUGCCAACACUCAGCUGAUGUCUGCCACUUUAUGGGCGGGCACCAACAGUGGCGCCAUCUUCGUCUUCACGAUUGCUAUUCCACCCUCUGAGAAGCGCAGUGAGAUCCCACUAAGUGUCCAGAUUGGCAAAGAAAUCCACCUCAAACACGGCGCUCCCGUCAUCAGUAUAUGUGUGCUUGAUGGGGCAAAUCGACCCUUCCCUGAACCCAUGGCGGUGAAGAAGGAGGCUGCCCCUGCGCCAAAUCCCAAUAUGCCACAUAGAGUGUUGAUAUGCUCCGAAGAACAGUUUAAGACAUGGUUUGGUAUCAAUAGUGUGGUCUUUAGUAAUCGUGGUGAGGCAUUGUAUAUGAUGUCACCAUGUGAGCUGCAGAGAGUGUCACUGUCUGCACGGCACAUCACUAGACCCUGUGGCACCAUACCUAUUGUCAAACCAGAACCAGUCGAAGAAAAAAUUGAAGAGGCAGCCAAAGAAAAGAGUGAAAGUGGAACAGCCAAAGAGGAGAAGCCAGCAGCGGAAGCCGUCGGAGGAACGGUGAACAAGAAGGUGGAAGAAGUAAAGGAAAAUGGUGACAGCAGUGUCCUCAGCGGAGACAUAACCAUCGACUCCAUCCGUGACCACAUGGAUGAUCUCAAACUCGCGGAGAAGAGCGUAGAGCUGGUGGGCGGAAGUAGCACCUCCAGCUCGACCGUGGUGACGACAAGUAGUGCUUCGACCAAGCAGGAGAGUAGUAGCAGUGUGACCAUUGUUAAGUCCACCACUAUCACGUCUGUGUCCUCCUCAUCCCAAGAGUCGUCAUCCAUUCAAGUAGUUGAGACGGCGGCAUCAGCAGUCAACCACAGUGCAGUGAAUGGAACAGAGACUAAGAAGAGAGCACCGUUAGCCAAGGCCGAGUCCUUCUUCAGCAAGGAGCCAAGAGUCGUGAAGGAAGAGUAAUUGUUGUCAAUAGAUUACAUAAGCCUCACUUUGUAGGAUGAAGUACCAGUGAUUGGUAGUUUUAUGAAACCCUUUAUAGGACUUUUUUUUCAGGCCCAUUGUUUGCACUUUUAUAUGGAGAAUGCAUUUAAAUGGAAGUAGAUAUGUGAUGGGGUUGGACAUUCUUUCAACUUGAAUAAGGUAGAUUAUUACAAGAUAUAUCUUUUCCCCCAUUUCUUGGUUUUCCAUUUUUUUUAUUUUUUAUUUAUUUAUAUCUUUUUUUUUUUUCCUUUCUUUCAUUUCUUCUGGAGGUAGUUGUUAUUUUUAUAAAGAGAAGUGAUGGAGAGAUGCUAUCUGUUUUUAACUUUGUGAGACAAUUUUGCUGUGAGACUUGAAUAAAGUCGCAGAAGUGUGCAAACUUCAAAGAGAUGAAAAAAUAUAUAUAUAGAUAUCAGUAAACAGGCCAAAAUACCCAAAUUACUUCUGUAAGUAACUGAAUUGCCAAAUACCUUUUUCUGAUUUGCAGUGCCUUGCGGUCUCAUGUACUUCUAUUACUCAUAUAUACUGUGAACACAUCAGAGCUUUUUGUUUUGUUUUUAUUGUUUCAGUCACGUUUUUGUUUCUAAAAUGAACAAAUAUUAAAUAAAGAUUCAAUUUAUAAAUUAAAGGGAUUGAAAAGCUUUGGUGGAAGCUCGGUACCUGUGUAUAUAUUAUUAGUUGGAAGAAAAUAAAGUAUUGAUUAUGUUUAACACUAAUAGUAAGAAAAGCAAUGAUAUUUUCUAUCAUUUAAAACAUUGGUAUUCAUGUAUUGGAGUAAGAUUUUUGAACAAACGAAUAACAGUAGCUGUUAAUUUGGAGCUGGGCAUUUUUUCCUGAAUUAAGAUAUAUGUAUAUAUAUAUAUACACACACAUUCCUCUAUACAAAAAUAUAUAUUGUAUGUAUGUGUUUAUGUAUGUAGACAUACAAAUUACGUAUGUACAUGAUGGUGUGUGUAUAUGUAUAUAUAUGUACACACAGAGAUGUGUAUGAAAAUAGACAUAGUUUUAGGGUAACAUACUAAUGAACUAAUUUAUCAGUCCUAAAGAAAAUUCCAGAGUAAAUAGAUACAAAAAGAAACAUACAGUCAAGCCUAUAAGAAUUCCUAUUUAGGUUCUGCCUUUUUUCCAUUUCUGAUUGGCAGCUGUUUGCUUUACUCAGAUGGAGAUUGUUCAUUGUAAGGAUGCAAUACAUCGGCCCAUUCCAUUUCGAAUGAGGUGAGAGGGAAGGGAGAAGGAAUGUUGCAUUAAAGUAAAACCUGUUUGGAUGUGAUAUGAUUAUGUGACUGUGGAGAUGACUGCUUAGUCCCCACUCUCACUGUGUCUGGCAGGCUCUUUCAUUAUUUAAGUUGAUUUUCUGAUGUUUUAUGGUUUUGCCGUUGGAAGCUGGGAAACGGCUUUGCCUGUCACCCGUUCGAUAGAGGUUAAGAGAACAUGGAUAUUUAUUUAAUUGUUAAGGAUAAUUAUUUAGUAUUCAUAGUAGUUAUUGUUGAAAUGUAGUUCCACCCUAUAUUUUGUGAGAUAAUUUGUACAAAAUAUUUUCAAUUUUGUAAGAAGAAAUGUGUGGCUUAUAGUGUUAAUGAUACAUGGUAGAUAAAUGGCUUCUGAUAUUGCUAAAGUUACUAAUGAUGUAUUUGGGUGAUGGAAAGCUGUACUUUCUUGGAACAUUAUGGAGUGUGUAAACACCUAAUAAACCCUUUCACUGUAGUGUAUUUUAUCAUAGGUUAUCUUCAUUUAAGUUUUGGAUGUUUGGUGAAAUUGAGAAAGAGUUAUCCAGAAACUCGUGGGUGACAUUGAUAUUGUAGAUGAUUUCUUAUAUUAGAAAAUACUAACCCAUCCCAGGUUUAACUCAUUUGCUGAGGUUUGUCUAAAAGUUAACAUCACAUCAUCUUGUAUUUUGGAAGGGAAAUCUACAGUGGAAGGACUCAGCAGAAUAUUUUACUUAAGGAUUUGUACUGUCAGUUUGAAGAGUCUGGCUCGAGUUCGUAAAUGAUUCAAACGUUAUUUUGGCACCACAGAGUGAACAGGAUAUAUGAAUCUUUUUUUCUUCUUUUUUUAAUAUGACUUAGAUGGAGGAAAAAUUAAUCACCAUUUUUGUUAAUCUUCUAGCCCAAUUUGUUUAGGAAAACUGCUCAAAAGGUUCUAUAUGUAUAGAUAUAAACGAAUAGAAAUAUAUAUGUAUAUGUAUACUAAGAGUGAUAGCCAGAAUAUGAUUCUACGUUUUAUUCCAAUUGUUCGGAGUGGCAAAACUGAUCUUAAGAAUAAAUAAACAAAUGACUAGAAUAAAGUUUAAGAGGUUCAUCUCCUGUGACCGUGGAUGACAAGUAGAGAAUAUUGCUCUCUGCAUUCGGUGUUGCCUUGAGGAGGAGAAAUACAUCUUAGCAUAUGGUUAACACUGCCCCAGUUCUUUGUUUGUGUGUUACAGAACUGACUACAUUCCAUGAAUUCAUUACUAGCAUCACAGGGUCACUUUUAUUCCCUGUUUUCUUUCUUCUUCUUUUUUUUUUUAAUUAUUAUUAAUAUUUUUUAGAGCUUUCAUUACGAGUUUGUUCAUAUUUUGUGUGUUUGUCUUCAAAGGGAGGGAGGGAGGCAUGUUCAGCUCAAGUAUUUGAGGUGAAAGAUGUCGUGAUAUUCUUAAUGAUGUAAAAAAAAGAAAAAUACUAUGUUAAAUUCAUCAUUCAUUUUGAAGUUAUUGAAUUGAUUAUUGUUUGGUAUAUAGUUGCUAUCUUUUCUGUAGCUGUGUAAUGAUUUAUUUUCUUUCUUUUGUUUUUCUUAUUUUUUCAAAGAGAAAUAUUUAUGCCAGAUAAUGUUAAUCUUUGUUGUGGUAGCUUCCUUGUCUUUUAUGUGUUUGUUGUUUUUUUCACUCUUUUUCUGUGAGUAUCAAGUGUGUGAAAUGUUGAACAUAUUUGUGUGAACUUCCUUUCAGUAAAAGAUGAUAAUUGUGAUUAAUUCACAUAAACUGCAGAUUUGGAAUUGACAUUUUGCUUUAGUUCUUGAAGGAAACCAGUGAAAGUGAUAGUCUAUUUAUGUAUAGUUUAUAUUGAAAUACAGGAUAGUUUGCAGUGAGGUUCUUUUAUAAACACUUAAGAGAACAAUUCAGUUUUUCUUGAGAUGUAAAUUGAUAAUGUUUCUCAUGUUCAUUAUAUAUGAGUUGCAUCAUUUACCUUUUUUUUCCAUUUUUCCUUCUCGGUCUUAAAAUGCUGUCUCUGUAUUUUGAAGCUGUUAAUUUUCUAAACUGUCGCUAUUUUGGAUCUCAAAUAAGUUGUGUAUCAGUGGCCUCUUGUAGUGCUCGAGUAGAUAGUUACUGCCUUCCAUUUCUACCAGGUCAAUAAAUUUACUGUCUGUU